AUGGACUCGCCAGAGCCGAUCCUCAACGCAACUGCUUCGCCGAACGUAUCUUAUUACUCUACAACAGUACUCAAUGAUGGAGCCAAUCAAAACAUCAUCACAGGCUUGCUGAUAGGCUUGGUUGUUGGAGUUGCCAUUUUGAUCUUACUUACCGGGAUGCUGCUGGUAUUGGCUAUUAUGAGCAAGACCAGAGUCCGUAAUGAGGCGAAUUGCAGCAUAAAGUCGGAACCGGGCGACACUUCUCAUGAAGGAGAGACUACUGAGACCCAGAAGAAUGACCGGUCGUCUACAGAACCCAAGUUUCAAUACGUCAUGCCAGUCCCGUGGCCGCCUCCACCUGAAUCCCUUCAUCCGCUGCACAGGAGAUUGGAACCUCAGCGGAUGAACUCAGCCGUACCCGACCUCAGCCGACCAGAAGUACCCGAGGCUUUAACUCCGGGUAAUAGACAGCCACAGGAUAUUGGCAGUAGUUGGACACCCAAUCGUCCUCCUCCAACAACCUACCAACCGUGGCCGGGUGAGAAAGUCGUCAGUCCUUGA